AUGGCUGGACGGAUCCUCUCAAAUCUCCGAACUGUGGACGAAUCGUUCACUUUUCAAGCCGCGUUGCGGAAAUUGAGACUAUGCUUGCUGAACUCAGAGAAGCAGAAAAGAAUGCAAAGCUGCGAUUGGUCUAAAAAAGACACAGCUCAUGGAGAAUGGUCUGACGAAUGUCAAAUUAAGGUCGAUGUCGCACCUAUUAUGGAAGCUUCGCCUUACAUUUAUGUAGGGCAUUCCAUGAACAUGGACAACGGCAUGAAGAAAGAGCUGGCAAAAUAG